UGUACAUAAGAGAUCACGUGGGUUUCAUCGCAACAUUUCUCAACAAUAGAGGAUACCAAAAUGUGGAUCUCAGGAGCUCAGUCCGGAUUCUUUCUUAUGUUAACUGGCUUUGCUUUGACACAGUAUGUUCCACCGUAUACAGACUAUUGCAGAAUUGGGAUGUAUCCGCCCAAUGGAGCAACGUUCAAAGGAAAUGUUUCUUGGUACACAAUCAACCUCGAUUUGCCCCCUUACAAAAGAUGGAACCAGUUGAUAAGUGAAAGAAAAGCAGAGCUGAACAAUUUAAUCCAGGUGAUAAAGGAUUUAGCUAAUGCCUUUGUUCCGAGUGGUAAACUGAUUCAACUGGUGGAUAAGGAUUUGCCUCUGCUUCUGGACAAUCUCCCCUCCCCGUUCCAGGAAGAGAUACAAGGGAUUGCAGAUGUUUCCGGGGUUCCCUUAGGAGAGGUUCUGCUGUUCAAUAUCUUUUAUGAAGUCUUUACAGUGUGCACAUCACUGGUAGCAGAAGACACUACAGGGAAGUUGUACCAUGCUCGGAAUUUAGAUUUUGGAUUAUUCCUUGGGUGGGACAUCAAGAAUAAGUCAUGGGCAGUAACUGAACAACUGAGACCACUGGUGGCAAAUGUAGACUUCCAGAAGAACAAUAAGACAGUUUUCAAGGCAACAAGUUUUGCUGGAUAUGUGGGCAUGUUAACUGGCAUCAAACCAGGAGUGUUCACUCUUACGAUGAACGAACGGUUUAGCCUUCAUGGUGGAUAUAUUGGUCUCCUUGAGUGGAUCCUGGGUAGAAGAGAUGGUGUGUGGAUGAGUUUCCUGACCCGAUCAGUACUGGAGAAUGCUACUAGCUAUGAUGACGCCAAGAACCAGCUGUCUAAAACCAAGAUGCUGGCUCCUGCCUACUUCAUAUUGGGAGGCAACAAGUCUGGCCAAGGCUGUGUCAUCACAAGGUCAAGAUUAUCAAGUGUGGACAUCUGGGAGAUUGACCUCAAAAAGGGAAGAUGGUAUGUGCUGGAGACAAACUACGAUCGUUGGAAGGACCCCCUCUUCCUUGAUGAUCGCAGGACUCCAGCCAUGAAGUGCAUGAAUGAGACAACACAGGCUAAAAUUUCACUGGAGACGAUUUACGAUGUUCUCUCAACCAAACCAGUCCUUAACAAGUUGACCACAUACACAACCUUAAUGGAUGUCUCUGAAGGUAAACUAGAGGCCUAUAUCCGCGACUGUCCAGAUCCCUGCAUGCCCUGGUAGACAGUUUCAUCAGAAGAGUCUUUAGUGACAAACACAGCUACAUCCAUCACUAUAUGGGAUUAGAGCAUUUGUGCUAAAUCUGAUUUACUGCAUUGUGUUUAUAUUGAUUCUAAACACAUGUGUGGGUUUGGGACUAUGAAGCAGUAGGGGAACUAAAACUUUUUUUAAAAUCACUUAUUCCGAAGCAAUUAAAAUAAACUGCAUGUUGUUUGCUCAUCAUGUCUGUUAUUUGAAAGUAUUCACUAAGAGACUAAUUUUGUAAUAUUAAUUUUACAGAAAUGAUUGACAGUAUUGCUCUGACAUGAACAAAUGUGUAGUCUAAUCAAAAUACUUAAUGUAUAUAUUUAAAAAAAAACUUAUAUUAAAUAUUUUCUUUAAAACCUUA